AUGCUCACCCAAGAGCAAUGCACUCAAGCAUUCCCGGAUCUAUACUCCGAGAUUGUUCGCGCUAGAGACGAUCGCAAAUCGCGGCUGAUCAGCAUCAAAGAACUCGACAACAUCCCGACCCGAAAUGGGUAUAUUCGCGCUAUGAUAUAUGACCAACAGCUAUAUGUCAUCGACAAACAAGGCUCUAUCUGGUCCCGUGAUAAAGCGACCCUGUCAGCUAUAAAUCGAGCAAUCUGGUCAUCACCAGAGCCGCUGCCUAAUAUCGAAUUUGCGUUCAACACAGACGACUCUGUCGAUGGAUUGCCGCUAUGGGGAUAUGCCCGCCGCGCCAAGGAUAAGGCUAUAUGGCUAAUCCCCGAUUUCGGAUUUUGGUCAUGGCCCGAAACCAAGGCCGGAUCUACUCGCGAGGUACAAGCGAAAGCCGAGUGGGCAGAAGAAGAAGGUUUGACCUGGGAGAAUAAAACGGCAAAGCUUCUUUGGCGCGGAGUACCCAAAAUGGGCCCUAAAAUCCGGGAUAAGCUCAUGCAGGUGACACAGGAUAAGCCCUGGGCGGACGUCAAAGCCCUCGUGUGGGAUGAUAAAAACAGCUUGUCGAAUGAUUAUAAGACUAUGCCACAACAUUGCGAAUAUCAGUAUGUUGCCCAGACGGAGGGCAACACAUACUCUGGCCGUCUGAAGUAUCUGCAAAGCUGCAGAAGCGUCAUCAUCUCGCACAAGCUUGAUUGGAUCCAGCAUUAUUACCACCUUAUGAAAUCUUCUGGGCCCGAGCAAAACUUUGUCGAAGUUAGGCGAGAUUGGUCGGAUUUGGAGAAGACUAUGGAACAUUUUUUGUCCCAUGACGAAGAAGCGAAGAGAAUUGCGGACAGUAGCGUCAAGACUUUCCGCGAAAGGUACCUGACUUCUGCAGCAGAGAUGUGCUAUUGGCGUCGUUUAAUACAGGAGUGGAAACAAGUGCUCGACUUUGAGCCUGAAUUCUUUAAGAUGGUGGAUGGAAAAAAGGAUUGGAGAGGGAUCCCUGUGGAGAGCUUUUUGUUGAUGGGAGAGGUGAAAUACGACCCUCGAUGA